AUGGAGGCGCAGACACGCGCAGUAGAAUCAACGCUUUCGGAGCUCCUUGCAACGGCCGAGGAUAUGAUAGAAGAGGGCCCCGAGCCUGUAGCUGGAAUCCUCCAUGAGGCUGUCGAAACGCUUCUACGCACGCGACUACAGCUGCUCUCUGAGCGCACCUCGCUGCGUCAGCUCGUCAAAUCGGGCACACUGGAGGUCCCCACUCUCAGUGACAAGUCGAUUGAAGAGCUGCCGCAAUAUAAAACCUGGAUUCGCAUUCUCGAGGUUAUCAUCAUUGUAUCUCACUGGCUAGGUCAAGUUGAAGACACUUGGACCCAACAACCGCCUUUCCAAGUGGAUUGCCGAAGAGAACCUAAUUUGAUUGGCUCGGUUCGCAUCCAAUUCGAUUAUUAUGACCACAUUGCACCUGCUCGCUAUGUUUGCCUAGCCAUGAACAUGAUUGCGAAAAUUAUCCUUGCCGCUGACUCUUUGCUGUUAGUCUUUGUUUUUCUGGCGCUGAUUGAGAAUGGCAUUUUCCGAGAAUCAGAUACUGUUUGCGCUGCACCCUGCUCCUCCCGCGCAUCUGCUGCAAGCCCACCAAGAUUGAAUUCUGUCUCGCCGCCCCAGAUUUAUUCUCCAAAAAUGGGACACCCUACCUCGCAUGGAGGGCCAUGCGAACAGAAAAGUGGAGACCCUCAUAUUCCAACUUCCAGCUUUGUUGAUCGACGUUGCUCCCCCUCUAGCCUGGUGGAUGAAUUUGGCUCUGCAAAUGGGCAUUGUUCGUCUUCGGCUUCUAAACGUUUUUGUGGUCCAUACGCAGGUGAUGGAGGCCAAUAUACCACUGGAGCAGGUUCAUGCUGCCACUUCAGCCUUUGGGAUUUUAUUUUUCAACUCAUUCCAUGCAAUGGCAUUUUUGGACGGCUGUUUUCGUUUUUUCUCAGCGUUGCUUGCGAAAUUACGUUCCACGACGUUAUCUUUUUCUACAUUCUGAUGGGUGGCAUUUAUUUUGCUUACAACUUUUAUACCUACAUCCCGCUCUUCCAUGCAAGAUGUAAAACCGAGACACCAUCCUAUCCAGAAAAGUGCCCUCAAGCCAGCACUGUUAAAAGCUACCAUCAAAAGCCAGAGAGUCAAUAUGAUGGCACCCAGAGAUCCCAAAGCCAUCACAGUCAUGAGCACGGCCGUCAUGACUAUAAACCCCCAGAUCCCGACCGUCAGCCACCGGUUAUAAACGAGACGCGCAAACCCAUGCACCAUCGCGACCAUAAACAGAGGAGAAAGGGCCUUGGCCAUGAAAUCAAUCAUGAACCCCUCCAUGAAGCUGCUACUGUAAUUUAA